AUGUCAGGCAGAAAGAAAACGUUAUUGAAGGUUAUAAUUUUAGGAGACUCCGGUGUCGGAAAAACGUCUUUGAUGCAGCAGUUUGUCAACAACAAGUUUAGCCAUCAAUACAAAGCCACCAUCGGAGCCGACUUUUUGACCAAAGAUAUCACGCUCGAUAACAACAAGCAAGUGACUUUACAAAUUUGGGAUACUGCUGGACAAGAAAGAUUCCAAAGCUUGGGAGUAGCAUUCUAUAGAGGAGCUGACUGUUGUGUUUUGUGUUACGAUGUGACUAACGAAAAGUCGUUGAACAACUUGGCUAGCUGGAAAGAUGAGUUUUUAGUCCAGUCCAAUGUUAGCAAUCCCCAGGACUUUCCCUUCAUAAUAAUAGGUAACAAGAUCGAUGUGGACGAAAACAAGAAAAUUCCCUCAUUACAGAAGAAGUUGGCCAAUAUCACCAAUAACCAGUUGGGAGGUUUGAACUACCCCGUAUUUGAAACAUCUGCUAAAGAUGCCAUUAACGUAGAGGCAGCAUUUGAAGUGGUGGCCAAGAUGGCGUUACAGCAGGAAGAGUUGAACGAUGCCAAUGGAAACGAUGUUAGCGACGACUAUAAUGAUGCCAUCAACAUUCAUUUGGAGGGAGACUCUGCUGGAUGUGGAUGUUAG